AUGCAUAGCAUACUAACGGGAUCAAUUCGCUCUACAUUAUUCGUCUUCGGGAGUCUCAUUUUUGUUACUGAGGGUGUGCAGAGGGGAAGUUCCACACAGGAUAGGGCCGCGGACGCUCUCGCAGAUCAAUGCACCGGUAUCGUGAUCAAGGGGAGACACUUGACGAAAAGUCAUCUCUCUAAGGCGAUGUCCACGCGGGACUACCCCUACACUCUAUGGACCAUUGGGGAAGCCCGUGGAACGUUCACGAAACAUUCUUGCGAGCAAGUGAAGAGCUCCCCGAGAAGGAACAAGGAGCUGCAGUAUGAAGUGCACACUAAAUGCGAUGGUCUGCCAACGACACUCUACUUCAAUGACGAGGAGGCUGCCGUAGACUUUGCCGUGCGAUGGGGUCAUCUCCAGACGUAUGAAGUGGAUCCGGCGGUCCUGCGCGAUGGCUGGGUCAGCAAGAACCCCUUCGCGCGAUUUGCUGUGUUCAAGAAGAAGUUGACUGCUGCUCAUGUGAACUUCGACAGAAGUUGGAGGCCGGUUGAGAGAUACCUAAAGAUUGGCAGCAAGACAUAUGUCUACUGUGAAGAGGUGUCCUCUGGGCCUAGUAGCCGCGGUGAUAAGUGGAAACUCCGUGUGACUUGCACUAAGGAGAAUUCCAAAAAGACGAGAACGUUCGAUAUAGAGUUCAAGAACAAGGACAGUGCGACGAGCUUCGCCACAAUAUGGGGAGCGUAUACGACGGAGGUGCCGAUACCUGCGAGAAUGAUCAAAGACUCGACCAUCCAGGCUGCCGAGGUCCUCGUCAGUCCCGCCACUGGACGAGCAAGGAAGAGAGUUAUUCGCCUCGGGGAUAAGAAGCCAAGAAUCUGUCGCGGCGUAGCUGACGUCCUGUAUAAGGGUGAUGCCGCUGAUGUCGUUGUGGAGUGCGAUAAGCAGCUACUGACGAUACCAUUCGGUGCCUACCAACGUGCAGAGAAGUUCGCUGCUGUUUGGGGUGGUUUCAAGAAGGUGGAUGCGGACAUUGUCGAGAAGUGUUCCAGGAUGGAGAUAGCUGGUCAUCCCGACGAUAUCGUCAGAGCAACGUCAGACGUCGUGGCGCUGGGCAGGAAGAUCGCCGCGGGCCGCCUGGAGACCAAUGAUGGCUCGAUGCUACGCUGUGCGCGCGUGAGUGAGCCGGUAUCAUACGAGGGGGGCAUCGGCAAGUACGUGGUGAAGACCAAGUGCCAGGGCCGCACUACUAAGAUUAUCUGCGAUGACGAGGAUGCUGCCUGGAGAUUCUCAGCCCAGUGGUCACAUUUCCGUGCGGGAGUCUCCACUAACCUCGGUCUAGUGAGUGCAAGCAAGCGUGUUGAUGUCCACCACAAUGGCAAACGCUUACCGUUCACGCUUGUCACGGCUAACAUCGAGAGCCACGUGACCUCGCAGAACGUUCGGAUGCGCUGGCUUGGACUCCGCUAUGCUGGCACAUCCACUAAGGACGAUUUGGAUCUAUCUCGACAAUGGUUCGUCUGCUCCCGGGUGAAGAAUAUCAGAGAGACUGAUGGCGGCGAAUUCCACGUCGUCACCACCUGUGGCCUGUCAAUUCGCAAUCGCGUCCCCACUCCUGAGCACAGUGACAACGAGGUGGACAUUGUCUUUACUAAGAGGGACGAAGCAUACGACUUCGCCAUGCAGUGGGGUCAAUACAAUCCGGUGAAUGCUCGUGGCGUCGGGGUGAUGUAUGCAACCGAACCCGUGGUAGAUCUGGUCGCUGCAGGCUUCUACCGCGAUACGUUUUCUGGGAAACUGACGGGGAGGGUGUUCACAACUCGGGACACUAACUUCGAAUGCGGUGCAAUAUCUGCUCUGGAACAACAGACGAACGGUGACGUUCAUAUUCGGACUAAGUGCUCGGCUGAGCGGAGAAAGGAGUAUCUCCCUUCGGCUGACACAACACUGGCGAUGAAGCGUGCCGAAGCAGCUGUGAAAUGGGCUGUCAAAUGGGGAGAUGUUGCCAAUCCUGAGAUCCACAUGUCUUCGGCUAUGGUAUCUGGCGCUAGUGCGAACGUUGAGGGCCAGGUCACAGGAACUGUGAGCAUCGCCAAGUUGGUCUAUGCCCCGACGGGAGUUCUGCAUAGUAGGGUUAUCGAGAUCAAUGACGACAGCGACAAAGUGUUCGUCUAUAACUGUGAAGGCGUCUCAUCGGACAUCGCCGUUCAAGGCACUUCGUACACCGUCAAGGCAAGGCCUCGGCGCGUUUUGUGUGGAACAUCUACUGUCCACGUUACCUUUCCCAGCCAAGAACUUGGAGUUGCUUUCGCUCGCUAUUUUGGCGGCAUGCACAAUGCUAAUAUUGAAUCUGAUGCAGAGUUCAUCGGCUCGUGUCCGAGUGCCGUCAUUGACACCGGUGGUGUUCACGAGUUGAAACACGCUCGGCUGCGAGAAGAGACAGGCACCGGUGAAGUGAAGAGGAUUCUUGUUGUGAGACACUUCCAAGCACGUUUGAGUCUUGCGGAAUUUCAACCUUGUGAGGUCCACGGAGAAGAGAAAGAGCUCAGCUGUUCCAACAUCGUGAACCCUCCACAGUUCGAUGAAGGUGUGUACAAGAUAUCAGUCAUUUGUGAAUCGAAGCCUGUCACGAUCACUUGCACGGACUCCGAUCCAGCUGUGCUCCUCGCCACGAGAUGGGGUGCAUAUCCUCGUCCGGAGCUCGGAGUUGAGCUCUAUCCUGGAGUGUGUUCGAGCGCUCGACUGGGAAAUGACGAAGGUUGGACUGUCACACGACAGACCGUCAUCAUGACAGGAGCAAGCAGGAGUUUUGUGGUUGAGAAGGCUGGAACUUCCACCCAAGUCACUUGCGACGGGCUGCAGCAAAAUCCACAAAUCGGAUCUGAUGGAGUCGAAAUAAGCAUUGACUGCCAUGAGGGAAGUUCUGGAACCCACAAGAAGUUGGAACUGCUCUGCAGUACUCCGUUCGACGCUAUCAGGGUAUGCAAAGGACCUCUGUUUGAGAAACAAGAUGCUGUGGUGGAAGUCGGCAGCAGAGUUCGCAGCGCCUGCGACACUGUUACAGUCUCUGGUCAGUCGACAUCGAUGCACCUGACAUCAGCAAGCAUACAGGGCACGACUGUGGUCGUUGAUGUUGCGGCUGCUGAUGAGUCGAACGCCCAACAGUUCUCUUGCACACAUUUCUUUGGAUCUCCCGAGGCCACUGAUCAUCAGACUCUCGUACUCCGUGCGCAGUGCGGAGAGGAGAUAUUAAACUUUGAAUGCAAGGACACGGCUGCGGCGCUGCAGCUAGCUACGUUUGGGCAGAUCGACCAGCCAGCAAUCGCCCUCCAGCAAGGAUUGAUCAACUCUUGCGCUGAGGUGAAACAGGAAGGUAUUUCGAAUGCAUUCACUUUAUCAAAGGCUACGUACCGGCCUAGCUUCGUGAAGACAUCGGGUUACUCCUUCGUCAUUGGCUCGGAGCAGGAUCUUAAAAGAUGGUUAACGAUUACACUGAGAAACGAUGACGAGCCGGGUUACGAAGACUCUGACUUUUUGCUCUCCUGCAACGCCGUGGGCUCUUCACCAGAGCCACUCUCCGCCCUUGAUAGGAGCGCUGACAAGUACAAAGUAACCGUGGACUGUGAAAGCGCUCGAGGAACGGGUGGGAACACCAAAGUAGAGGUGUUAUGUGAUGAUUUCCAUAACGCCAUGCAACUUGCUACAGUUUGGGGCUCUCUGGAUAGUUCACAACCGGCGAAUAUAGAGUUGAAAAGCCUGCAUACUCAUCUGAAGGCAGCAUGGCUUGACACUACGAAAGUGGAACCCGAUACGGUUCGCAUGUUCGUCGCGCGCCCCGAGGGAGAAAAGGACGAGGGAAGCAUCCUUCAGGCAAGUCCAGAAGCCGUUGAGAGCUCCUACAAGUGCGACCCUAAUGCAGCGCACCGCGUUUACUUCAAGCAAUUCUUCUACUAUGUUACUAUGCACUGUAACGAGCUUUCACAGGAUAAGGUCACCCUGGGGGAGUCACACAAGGUGACGCUCAUUGCCAACAAUGAGGAGGCUGCGCUCACUAUUGCGCGAGCCUUUGCUAAGAUACCUGUUGACAAGGUGUGGCUUGAUCACACGCUGUACUUCGCUGGCGAGGAAGGAGCUACUAUGAUCGGCGAUACCCAAGCUGCUUUGACGGAGGCAUACGUUAAGGUCUUCCCGAGAGAGUACCUACUGGAUUUCAGCGGCGCGUUCCAGUACAGCUGCAAUGAAGCCUCGCAGGCUCCGAAGUACACGUCAGACAAUAGGUAUGAAGUUACGCUAACAUGUGGCAAGCGUGACGAUGAUGAUGAGCCGGAGCAAAAAGAUCAAGUCGUGACCAUCGCCUUCUCCACGGCUUCCAAGGCCAUUGGUUUCUCUAAUGCAUUCGGAGGCCUACUGUACCACGAGGUUGAGUUCGAUUCUACUAUCCUACACACUGUGGACUACAUCUCACUCGUACCAGAACAGCAUAUGCAAAGGGAAGAGAUAUACCCAUUGAAGAGAGCUACCGUGGAGUUCGACCUCAAUGGUCGUCUCACUUCUCGUCGUAUCGAGUUUUUACGUGCGGAUGAGCAUUACGGAGGUGGCAACGGCAAACGCACUUAUCAUCCUGUUAAAUUCGAGUGCGAUGAGGAGCUCCUCCUUGACCGCAAGGCUGAUACAUCUGGUCGCAUCAUCGCCGCGACAGUAACUGCGACAUGUGUUGAGACUUAUGGUGGAUUCCAUCAGCAACAUAGCGAUAAGAUUAAGGUUGCUAUGGCUUUCCGGAGAUCUCCUGAUGCUGCGGAACCUUUCAUGAACUGGUGGCGCGGAAACUUUAAAGCUGUUGAUAAUAAAGAGGUGUCAUAG